UCCAGUCAAAGCAUACUUAAUGCUUUAGAAAUUGUGCCAAUAAAUAACAGUCCUAGUCUGUGUCCUCACACACAUUCAAAUAAAGACAACCCAACCAUAGAAAAUAUACCACUCAACUUUAUUUGUAGUGCUAAAGUAAAAAUAGUAAAUAUGUCUUCCAAAGGAGAUACAGAUAAAACAAGAGAAGAAGUAUUAGCAGCAAGACAAGCCAAGAAACAAGCAAAGCAUAAGCCAAAAAAAAAGCCUACAGAUGACAGCAAAGAAGCUUCACAACCAAGUGUUAAGCAACUUUCCACAAAAACUUCUGAAUCAGAAAAUUUUGAUUCAAAUAACAAAACAAACCCAAGUCUCAAUACAAAUAAUGAUGAAAAGCCUAAAAAAUCUCCGAAGAAUAACACUUCUACAGAAAUAAGUUCAAUUUCACUUAAUAAAAAUCAAUAUGUGGAUAAAAGCAGAGAUGAAGUUGACAAAGCAGUUAAAAUUGAACCUGAACUAACUUUAGAUGUAUCCAAAGAUAAUGUCAAAGCUGAGAGGAUGGCUAAGAAAGCAGCAAAACAGGCUAAGAAAAAAGGUGCAGUUGACAGUGGGGAUACACAAAAUAAGGUAGGAAAAGCUAAUAUUGAUAACUUUGAAAGUGAAAAUAUAAAGGCACCUCAAACUAGCACAGAACCCACAAUUAUGGUUAAAAAUAUUGAUAAACCAAAAACUGGGGUUAGUGCAGAGCCUAAAUGUGCUAAAAUUGUAGCAGAAAUAGGUGGUAUGCCUGUUGGUAAUGAAACUUUUAAGGAAAUGGUGGAGACACUAAAAGACAUUGUUAUUGUGGCUAAGGAUGUUCAAGCUGUUACUGAUAAAGUGAAAGCUAUAAAUAUAGGAGCUACAAAGGAUGAAGACUCAUCAAAAAGUAAAGCUGACCUUAAAGCAGAGAGACGUGCAAAGCAGGAAGCUCAGAGGGCAGCUAAACAAGCCGCACAACAGCAAAAAGCAACAGAGGUCAAAAAAGAACCUAGCAAGGAACCAUCUGUACCUAAAGAGGAGAAAUCUUCUAAACCGAAAGCAGUUGAUAAAAUCAAAACGAAGUCCCAGGGAAUGCAAAAAAUGAACUGGUUCCAGCAUUUGUAUACAGAACACGAUAAAGAAGCGCUCAAGCAAAUGCAGAUCAAUUCAAACUUGCACCCAGCAGUCAUAAAAUUAGGCAUACAGUUGGCAUCCCACGUCGUCACAGGUUCAAACGCGAGAUGCAUAGCUCUAUUGGACACUCUAAAAAAGAUGGUUCGGGAUUACAGUCUGCCCGCGCGUACAGAGUUCGCUCGGGGCCUAGAGUCUCAACUGGCGGCCAGUGUUGAGUUCCUUUGGAGCAUGCGACCCCCCGCCGCCUCGCAGACCAACGCUCUCAAGUACUUCAGGCAUCACCUCACUCAGCUGCCCAACAAUGUCGACGAGUUUGAUGCAAAGAAACAACUACAAGAGGAGAUUGACCGAUACAUUGCCGAGCAGAUCGACAAAGCUGGGGAGGCCAUCAGCACCGCUGUCAGAGAAAAGAUAUCCACCGGGGAUAACAUCCUUACUUAUGGAUGUUCGUCUCUGAUCGAGAGGAUCUUCAGCGAGGCUCACGAAGCAGGAGUGCAGUUCCGAGCGGUCGUGGUGGGAACUCGUGUCCAACGCGGUGCUCGCGAGAUGUUGCGUCGCCUCGUGUCGCGCGGCGUUGUGUGCACGUAUGCGGACAUCUCUGCGCUCAGCUUCCUGAUGCGGGACAUGUCGAAAGUGCUGAUAGGCGCCGCGUCGCUGCUGGCCAACGGCGCGGUCCUGGCGCCCGUGGGCUCGCUGCAAGCGGCACUGGUUGCGCGUGCGCACAACGUGCCCCUGCUCGUGGCAUGCGAGACGCACAAGUUCUCCGACAACGUGCAGACAGACGCCUUCGUUUAUAACGAGAUCGGUGACCCCGACGAUAUUAUAGAUAAGAGCGAUGACAACUCCCCGCUGAAAGACUGGCGAUCCAACCCCAAUCUGACCCUGUUGAACCUCACGUAUGACGUCACCCCGCCAAGCCUGGUGACCGCUGUCGUCACGGAACAAGCGAUACUGCCCUGUACCAGCGCACCAGUUGUACUGCGAUUCAGACUAUCUUAAUAAGCAUUAUUAUAUUUCUAGGUAGAUAGCGUCAGAUUAAUCUGGUGCCAUUUUUAAGUUGUAUAAAUAAUCUAAUAUAUAAAUUUUACAUUCG